AUGUUCACCAGAUCGCUCAGAACUGCCAGUCUAAAGGCCCCCAGAGGUCAGCUAUUGAAGGCUCCUAUUGGUCUUAGAGCCUACUCCAAAUUCCCCAGCUCAGAUAAAAAGAAGAGCGAGGAAAAGUCCAACCAGAACUCCAAUGAUCAGAAGGACUCCAAGGAACAGAAGAAGUCUCCAUUUUCCAAGGGCUACGUUCUUGGUGCUCUAGGCAUUCUUGCUGUUGGUUCUACCGUCUUGGCUUCUGUUUACACCAAGCACGAACCAAAGCUGGCCCCAGAGCCAAAGAAAGGUCCAGCUUUCAGCGACAAGGACGUGUCUGUGAUUUUCGUUUUAGGAGGUCCUGGUUCUGGAAAAGGUACCCAGUGUGGUAAGCUCGUUAACGAGAAAGGUUUCGUGCACUUGUCUGCUGGAGAUCUCUUGAGAGCUGAGCAGGUCAGAGAGGGUUCUCUGGAUGGAGCCUUGAUCGCUCAGUGCAUCAAAGAAGGCACGAUUGUGCCUCAGGAGGUGACCGUGCGUUUGUUGAGAAACGCUGUUGCUGACAACGUGGCCAAGGGCAAGAACAAGUUCUUGGUGGACGGUUUCCCAAGAAAGAUGGACCAGGCGUUGACCUUUGAGGACGAAAUCGUCAAGUCUGCGUUCACCCUUUUCUUUGAGUGUCCCGAGCAGGUCAUGCUCGACAGACUUUUGGAGAGAGGCAAGACCUCUGGCAGAGCUGAUGACAACAUUGAGAGUAUCAAGAAGAGAUUCAGAACCUUUGUCGAGACGUCCAUGCCUGUGGUUGACUACUUUGACAAGCAGGGCAAGGUCGUGAAGCUUCGCUGUGACGAGCCCGUGGACACUGUCGGAAACAGAGUCAAGGAGGCCCUUGUCAAGAGAGGCAUCAACUAG